UGUCUGCAGCGCUGGGAGCUUUGCCUUGCCCAUCCGACUGGGAGCUGUGUGGGGGAACAUACUUUUUGGAUCUCUGGAGUAUCUGAAUGGUCUAAUGGCUCUCAACGCUGCACACGGCAGUGAAGAUGUUCUCAGAAGUCCGGCAUUAUCUUAUUGUGAGCAGUCUUGUGCUGAUGCACUUGACAGCUCCCUUGUACUUGACUCCGUCCACGAGUCUCAGGAGCCGUCGCCGGAACGUACAAAAAGAGAGAUUUCCACCCUGACGCAGGAAAAUGCGCUUUGCGAUUUGUACAGUGCAGGCGAGGCUUUAUCGGAUGAUGAAGGAGCGUUUCGAGGGCUGUCUGCCCUUCCUGUGGAGAACAGUGCAGUCCGGAGAGCCCUGUGUGCGCGCUGCAGCCGUCCUGAGAAGGUGUGUCUGUGUCCUUUCCUGCCGGCUCAUCCCCUCAAUGUUUCCACAUGUUUAUACAUUGUUCAGCAUCCCGCUGAGGAGAGUAGAGUUCUUCGGACAGUCCCUCUUUUGGCAGCUUGUCUCCCUGAAGACAAAUGUAAAGUUUUAAUUGGUCGGCGUUUUGGAGAAGAAAGAUUUCCAGAGCUAGCAGCCAUUUGCAGGAAACCUGGUACUUUUAUCCUUUAUCCUGGAGCUGAAGCAGCUAAUUUGGAAGAGCUGUCCCUAGAAGACAAUCAUCACCCGCACUCCCUCAUCAUAAUAGAUGGCACAUGGAGCCAGGCCAAAGACAUAUUCUACAAAAAUUCUCUUUUUCGGUUGCCAAAGCAGGUGCAGUUGAAAACCACAGUUUCAAGCCAGUAUGUCAUUAGAACCCAACCAACGAACACAUGUCUUUCUACCCUGGAAUGUGCUGCAAUUGCACUUUCAAUAAUGGAGAAAAAUACAGAAAUUCAUGAAACCAUCCUCCGCCCUCUGCAGGCACUGUGCUCUUUCCAGCUUCAGCAUGGUGCUCAGAUUCAUCACAGCAAGGAACAUCUGCUAAAAAAUGGCCAGUACAAGAAACCCAUGCCAAAGAAUAAGCGCAAGCUCAAGAAGAUGGAACUUCUAGUUAACAAUGUUAAAAUUUAAUCAUUUUCUAUUUUUUUACGUACAAUGUACGAAACAAAAUAGACAUUAGUUUUUUAGCUCGUCAUGUGUUCAUUAGUCACAUGGGACUGGUUCUUAUCAUGUGACUCUAUGACUGGCUGUUUUUAGAUCGAGUUUUUUUUUUAUGUCAGUUGUCACUGACUAUUUAACUUUUUAAAAUAAAAUGUUAAAAACCGGUUAAAAAUGUUUUAAUUGUUAGAGACAUCUCACAAAUAGCCGUACUGUAAUACGGUUGGUUUUGUUUUACAUUCAGUAGAGUGCAAAAGGUUUAGGCAGGUGUGGGAAAAGUGCUGCGAAGUAAUGCUUUCAAAAAUAGAAGUGUUAAUAGUUUAUUUUAUCAAUUACCAAAAUGCAAAGUGAAUAAACAAAAGAGAAAUCUAAAUCAAAUCAAUAUUUGUCAUGUGUCAUUUGUCUUCAAAACAGCAUCAGUUCUUCUAGGUACACAAACAUAAUGUAGAACUAACCACAGAUCUUCUUUGGAUGUAGGCUUGAUUAAAUCUUUCUGUCUCUUCAUUUAUUCACAGAUGCGAUGAUGUUGAGAUCAGGGCUCUUUGGGGGUCAAAUCAUCACUUUCAGCACUUUUUCUUGUAUACACUGAAGAUAUUUCCUAAUGAGUGGCUGUAUGUUUGGGGUUGUUGUCCUGUAGCAGAAUAAGUUUAAGUUUAAACUGUUGAUGCUCUGUUUUUUAAAGCAUUCUUAGGCUAGUUUCACACUAGUGCUAAACUGUUCCUGCAAGCUGCUCCAUAAGAGUUCAUUGUAUGUGGCCGAAUUCUACCUUUUCCCCACCAGAGCCCAUUGACUAUAAUGGAACCCAGUGGGGAUCCGUCCUAUUUCUGGCAUUAGUGAUGGGAUUGGGCUGGACAAAAACCACUGCUUGCAGUUUCCAUUAUAGUCAAUGGGGCCUGGCAGUGAUCCGGCAGUUUCCAGCUUUGCGAUGAACUACAGCAGGCUGUUCCUCUACCAAAACAGCCUUUCGGAACAGUUGGUAGUGGGACUUAUUAAACCACGUUUGCUGGUUUUCUGACAUUAAAAAAGUUUAACAUGUUGGUAUUUUUUCUUAAAUCUAUGACUUUUUAUGAUUUUACACAACUCUCACCACUAUUGAAGAUGGGUUGAGAAAGUGGGCGUCAGGUGAGUAGGUAUACAGCAGAUUUAUCAAAUGCGACUUUUUCAAAAGGUCAUGAAAAACGGCACAAUCACUUGAGUGGGGUGGUAUCAAAACUGGAGUAAUAUCUCUAGCCUGAACUGUAAAGCGCCGCAGAAUAUGUUGGCGCUAUACAAAGAUUAUUAUUAGACUGAAGUAGUAUUUUAAAAGAUGCACCAAAAUUAUCAAACGAUGUGUGAAGUUUGAUAAAUUUGGUGAAAAUUACAGCAAUACAGACUCAAGCAAAACUGACAUUCCCCUUGCAAUAAACCUCUCCCUUUUUGUUUGAGAUAAGUAUGAUGGGACACAACUGUGGUACAUAGUGUUAUACAGUCUAAGGAUCCAUUCGCAUGUCCGUAUUUCUUGUUCCGCAUCCGUUCCGCAAUUUUGCGGAACAGGUG